AUCUAGGAGUUCAGAGCUUUAGCUGUUGUCAGAACCAGUGCAUUCAGCAACCUUCACACUCAGCAUCUUCACAUCAGAAGAUGUUUGUGGUCAUACAGAGAGCAAACAAAGCUGCUGCUGCUGUGUGCUGAGGUUGCAUGGCCGUUGAAGGCGUUGCAGAGGGAAACUUGACUGACAGCAGGGGAAAGCUAACUGAGUCCGCCCCCUUUAGAAGUAAAGAAAACCUGUGAUGGAGCUUGUUGACGUCUCAGAAGCUGUCGGGCUGAAAUAGGAAAUCAAACAGGAAAUAGUUGCAAAUGCACAGCAAUUAGUGUUAGUAAGGCACGUACAUGUGUGACGCGGUCGUGGCGUGUGAUCUUUGCUUGUUGAUCAUCUUAACACAGCAAAUCGGGCUUGUAAUGUCAGCACCGUGUUUUCUGUAUUGCUGCAGCGUGCACAGUGCGCGCGCGUUUGUUUGCUGUUGCGCGCGUGAGGUUCUGAGCUCGGAGUGCAGCGGGGGCGGAAUCGGGACUCAAGGCGGCUUCGGCUUUAAAUCCUCGUCAUUUAAAUAAUAAUCGGAGGAGAAAGACGCUCGUCUGGCUGCACAGCAGGUGUGUUGGCCGGCGCACAAUGGGACACGACACGCUCGUAUAGUACGUGACGCGGUGAUGGAAUAAUAUUACACAUUCGAAAAGGAGGCGCGGCGGUGACAACGGGACACGCAAGGAAGGAUCCCGUCUGACUCUUGUGACGAGCCCACAAAGUGUUUGAAACUCCGGCGCUCGUUGAAGUGUGUGUGUGUGUUUUUUUUUUUUAGACAGAGGCUGCCAGGCCAGCUGAAUUCUGUGGGGAUGAGGGCGAAUUCCAUUUCCUGUCAGCUUGCAUGCUUUUUGCGCAUCUGUAUGGAAACGGAAAGUUACAUAUUGGCCCAUUAUGUGUGCCAUAGUGCUUUUUGAUUGUUUAACAUUUUGAAGAGAAAUGUGGACUUUUAACCCUGCAAGCCAUCUGCUGCCUGCAAGGUCCAUGCCGUUUAUGUGGAGGACGCACAGGGUCUUUUUAGGGAAGUUAAGUUUUUGACGCUGGACCCGGUCACAGAACUUUAACCAUGUUUCUUCUGGAUGGGAACUGUUCUAAAGGAAUGGAGAGAGAAAUGCCUCAGAAGAAGACGGUAUACCACAUCUCCCUCACGCUGGUGAAGAAGGAGACACUGGAGGGUGGGGGAGGCGUUUUGGGCCCUCAGCUCGUAGAAAUGUCCAAGGUGGCGGCCUUCCGGCGUGAAGCCUCUCUGGACUCCCAGCGCAGCAUUUUGCUGGAACAAGUGCAGGAAGUGGAGGACGAGUCAGAUGACUUGUCAUCACAAAGCUACAUGAGGAACUUCAGGACAUUCAGCACGGGCCAGCUGGAGCUGGGGAGGCUCAAACUGUCUCGCAAGCAACAAGCCGGAAUGACAAAGAAAGAAGAGACCAAGAGUUGUCAGGAAUCCCAGCCAUCCGACAGACUUCAAGAAGACGUUUGUACAAGAACACACUCUUCUAGGAAUGUAGUGAGCAGCAGCGUAAUGAAGAUAAAGACACUCUUCAAGUCAAAGAGUUUGGAGAAGAGGAGCCCUGAAUUAGACCAUGAUGGAGCAACGCCACCCAUUAAUGGGAUGGCACUCACGGGCUCACCAGAGACGCAUCAACAGGAGCCAUGCCUGCUCCGCCGCAGCUUCAGCUUCCGACACUGGACAAGCAGUGAACGGCUACGUCUGCAUGCGCUCACAAAUGACAAAAACCACAACAGCUCUGGGUGCAUCGGUCAUGAUGCGACAGCAUCAGAAGGACAGAAGGCAGCAGAAGUUGAUGCUGUGCUCCAGAGGCCUGCCAGCCGCCGUCAUGAGUGCACCAGACAGAAGAGCCAGACGUUGGAGGUUGGUGCAAUCCUCAACAAGACCGACUCAAUUUCUGAGCUGAGCCGCGUCAAGAAUCGCACCCUGGACAACAGCGACCUGCAGCCUUUGGCUGCACAGAAGGAUGGGUCUGCGUUCCUACUGCGGAACGGAGAUGGGCGUUCUGGUGAGAGGCGGCUAGUACGGUUCUUCAGCGGCAUCUUCUCCCGCAGGGAUGGGACGACAUUGCCUUGGCAGUCCAGCACAGAGAGAGUGAACGGAGGAAGCACAGUCGAUGCGUUUGUGAACAGCCAGGAGUGGACUCUCAGUCGCACUGUGCCAGAACUCAGAGUGGGUAUUGUAGGUAACCUGGCCAGUGGAAAGUCAGCGCUGGUUCACAGGUACCUGACGGGAACAUAUGUCCAGGAGGAGUCGCCUGAAGCUGACGUGGAUGCAGGUGGACGCUUUAAGAAAGAGAUUGUUGUGGAUGGGCAGAGUCACCUGCUGCUGAUCAGGGAUGAAGGGGGCCCCCCGGAGGCUCAGUUUGCCUUGUGGGUCGACGCUGUCAUCUUCGUCUUCAGUCUAGAGGAUGAGAUCAGCUUCCAGACGGUCUAUCACUACUUCAACCGCCUCGCCAGCUACAGGAACGCUGCCGACUUGCCGUUGGUACUAGUCGGCACACAAGACGCCAUCAGCUCAUCAAACCCACGGGUGAUUGAUGACAGCCGGGCCAGAAAACUCUCCAACGACCUGAAGCGCUGCACCUACUACGAAACGUGCGCCACGUAUGGCCUAAAUGUGGAGCGAGUCUUCCAAGAUGUUGCGCAAAAGGUCGUUGCCAUUCGGAAGAAGCAGCAGCUGUCCAUUGGCCCAUGUAAAUCGCUCCCCAACUCUCCCAGUCACUCGUCCGUCUGUGCCACACAGGUGUCGAUCAUCCAGGGCAAUCAGACAACGAAUGGUGGCGGCGGUUUGAGUGACUACUCGUCAUCGGUGCCGUCCACUCCGAGCACCAGCCAGAAAGAGCUUCGCAUCGAUGUCCCGCAGACCACCAACACGCCCACGCCCGUCCGCAAGCAGUCCAAGCGCCGCUCCAACCUGUUCACCUCAAGGAAGGCCAGUGAGACGGACAAGGAUAAAAAAGGUCUGGAGGCCCGAGCCGACAGCAUCGGCAGCGGGCGAGCCAUUCCCAUAAAACAGGGUAUGCUGUUGAAGAGGAGUGGCAAGUCUCUCAACAAGGAGUGGAAGAAAAAGUAUGUGACUCUGUGCGACAAUGGGCUGCUUACCUACCACCCCAGUCUUCAUGACUACAUGCAGAAUGUCCACGGUAAAGAAAUCGACCUGCUCAGGACCACAGUCAAGGUGCCAGGUAAACGGCCGCCGCGAGCAGUUUCCACUUGUGCAGUCAUGCCCAGCCCAAAAACCAACGGCUUGACUAAGGACAUGAGCAUCCUGCAACUGGGACAGACCCCAGGUUCUGUGACAAGCAGCUCGUCAGUAUCUCAAAUGGCGAGCGGUGUCAGCCUGGUGUCCUUCAACAGCCGUGGCACCGAUGGCAUGCAUCAGCGUUCAUACUCUGUCUCCAGCGCCGACCAGUGGACCGAAGCCACCGUCAUCGCCAACUCGGGGGUCAGCACAGAUGCAGGCCUGGGUGACUCCAUGUGUUCCAGUCCCAGCAUCUCCAGUACCACAAGUCCCAAGAUGGAGCCGCCCCCAUCACCACAUGCCAACCGCAAGAAGCACCGGCGGAAGAAGAGCACCAGCAACUUCAAAGCCGACGGUCUCUCUGGCACUGCAGAAGCCAAACGUAAAGCGUGGAAACUAAAUCGCGUUGGUAGUCUGCGCAGCAUUUACGCGAACAGCCUGCACAACUCAGAAGAACAAGAGGAGAACUUUGAAUUCAUCAUUGUGUCGCUAACCGGUCAGACAUGGCACUUUGAAGCCACUUCAUACGAGGAGAGAGAUGCAUGGGUGCAGGUCAUUGAGGGUCAGAUCCUGGCCAGUCUGCAAUCCUGUGAGAGCAGCAAGAACAAGUCUCGUCUGACCAGCCAAACGGAGGCAAUGGCACUGCAGGCUAUCAGAAGUGUCCGUGGAAAUAGCAGCUGUGCCGACUGUGAUGCUCAAAACCCCGACUGGGCCAGUCUCAACCUCGGUGCCCUGAUCUGUAUCGAGUGCUCUGGCAUUCACAGAAACUUGGGUACCCACCUGUCAAGGGUGCGCUCGCUGGACCUGGAUGAGUGGCCAAUGGAGCUCAUCAAGGUCAUGUCUGGCAUUGGCAAUGAGCUCGCCAAUAGCGUGUGGGAGGCAAACUCACAUGGUCACUUGAAGCCUGCACCUGAUGCCAGCAGGGAGGAACGGGAGCGCUGGAUCCGGGCCAAGUACGAGCAGCGCCUCUUCCUGGCGUCGCUGCCCUGCACCGAGCUGUCACUGGGCCAGCAGCUGCUGCGGGCAACAGUGGAAGAGGACCUGCGUGCCGUGGUGCUACUGCUCGCCCACGGUUCACGCCAGCAGGUCAACGAGACGUGCGGCGAGGGAGACGGCCGCAAUGCGCUGCACCUGGGCAGCCGCAAAGGCAACGUGGUCAUCACGCAGCUUCUCGUCUGGUAUGGCGUGGAUCUGAUGGCGAGGGACGCCCACGGCAACAGUGCCAUGGCGUACGCCCGGCAGGCCAACAGCCAGGAGUGCGUGGACAUGCUGGCCCAGUACGGCUGCCCCGACGAACGCUACCCGCUCAUGGCCACCCCUAACUUGUCACGCCGCAACACCAACCGCAACAACAGCUGCAGCAGUGCAGGGAGCGCCGCAUUCAUUUGACCCCUCCCACAUGUGACACUCAUUUUGGGAUCCAUUACCUGGGUGACUCUUACCUCCGCCCACCUGACUUCUCAAACUGCUUGACCUCAGUGACAAGAGUGAAAAGAACCCAACACAUGCAAGGUCAUUUUCACUUUCACUUUCAUCAAUGCUUCAUUUCACACACUACAACAAGACCACUUUGUUCUCAGGCAACGUCCGCCAAAACAUAUCACUUCCUGUAUAACACACACUGUGCUUUUCUUUAAGAAGUCAUGUGACUUCUACGGGCCCCUCCCGUCAUUUUUGAAAAAUCUGUGAAGCAUUUACCUGUGUUAAAUGUGACAAAUAUGUGAAAGAUAAAAAGUUGAAUGUCUGAUAUCUGAAGUUUCUCGACAUGUCAACACACAUACACACGUACGUACAUGAGGAUUAUGACUGCAAGACCCGAGAAGCUAACUCCCAUAGGCUAUGUCGACACUAACACGGAUAUUUUGAAAAUAUUGAAAAUGUUUCAUGCGUUUUGGCCUUUUGUUCACAUACGAACAUAGAUUUUAGCCUUCAUAGCUUUUGUGUGGACACGUGCAACGGAGCUUUUUGGCUUGUGUCUUAAGAAAUGUGCAAUAUUGUCUAAUGUAGUUAAACCAGGCGUGCCCAACGUGCGGCCCCAAGGGGUCCCCCAUUUUUUAUUGGCCAUCGGCACAUUGUAGAAGUGAAGUCAAUUUUAAAAAUAACUUCUUUUCUUUCUUCUUUGUCAACUACAACACGAAGCUAUCAGUGUUUUCUUAGCAUAAAUUGACUGAUGCUAGAAUGCCAAGCGGCCCUCCCCUUGCUUUCUUUAAUUCUUCUGAAUGUGGCUCUCAGUGGGAAAAGUUUGGACACUCCCGAUUUCAACCUUAUGUAACAAUAGACAUGAGUAAUGAAGUUAUUGAUUUAUUGCUGGUUUUGUUUCAUGCAGUGGUGGACGUAAACCAGGUGUGUCCAAACUUUUUCCACCGAGGGCCGCACACAGAAAGACUUUGAUAUUUUUGUUUUGUAUUUAUAAGAAAGGCUAAAUAUAUAUACAGUAUGUAUAUAUAUAUAUAUAUAUAUAUUUACAUAUAUUUAAAGCUAAAGUUUUGUGUUAUUAAUUAUUCGUAUCAUCAUGUCAGUUUUUUCUUUACAUUGUGCCUUGUUGCUGUAUUUUUCCCAUUUUUUCAAUUUUUUUGUGUUUAGUUUUAUUUUUUACAAUGUGCUGCAGCCCCGGGGCUGCACUUUGGACCCCCCUGACGUUGACGUAUAACACGCUUGGCGAUUUAAAAACAAAAAAACAAAAAAUAAAACACCUUUCUUGAGCGCCGUGUAUUUUAAAGAUGUGCACGACAUUGUACAUCUGUAUUGACAAGCGUAGGCGUUAUAAUAACUAUACUGUAUAUUAAAUAUAUAUAAUUAUUAUUAUUUACAAUAAAUGUUUUUUCAGGCUUGUGAUUAGCCAAAAUAUGCAUGGUAGCUGGUGAAGGUGUUUUAUGUGGACAGAGAUUUUUUUUAAUUAAAUGCCACUGAUUAUUAGAGAAAAUGUGCAUGUUGAAAAUAUCCGUGUUAGUGUGGACAUUAGGCCUUUACUACCAACACUCAAAAGAUUGAACUCUCUGUGUAACUUUUCUACACAGCAGCCCUUUCAACACUCACCUUGAGGUCAACACAGUUUAUUUCAGCUUUCUUUUAUGUCCUUGUUUACUUCCUGGUGGAACCAAAAGGGAUUUAUUUCUUGUGUUUUUAGAUCAGGAAGGCUUGUGGAAGCUUUCGUCUCUACCUGGCCUGUCCCAUCCAAUUAGCCUAGGAAGGGCUUCUUCUUCUCUGUAAAUAAUUUUGUUUUGUGCUGUCAACCACUACAUGAAGUUGACGCUCGUUUAUCCACAUCCUGCAGACUAGUAUUUAUUCACGCUCUUGUACGUGUGGCAGCCGACACGUUUGAAUGGUGGAAUUGUCUUGGUGGCCGAUUGAGAGCUACAAAUGCUGCCAAUGAGCUAAAUCAUUGUCUUACAUAUCUCAUAGAUUUUUGACUGAAUGUGCUGCUGUGUUCCUGUUUGCGCACACCUGUAGAAAUCUUAGCCAGACUCCCAACAAGUUCCUCUUCGCCUCUUUUUCAACGUAUAAGCAUCCACGCCCUUCCCCCCACCACGAUGAUGUUCUGUAAAAAUUGAAUUUUAUUGUGUGAUGUUUUUUUGUACUUUUAUUUAUGACAGAAAUGCACUAAAUUCACUAGACUCUAUUAUUUAGCUGUAUGAGCUUCUGAUGCCUGUUGUCAUGUUUCAUUUUGUCGGCUUCAAGUGUCUCUAACUCAGGGGUGACCAAAGUGUGGCCCAGGGGCCAUUUGCAGCACACAGCUCGUUUUUUAUUGGCCCUUGGCACAUUCUGAAAAUACAAUUACAAAAAGAAAUUGGGUAAAAGGUGUCAUGUAUGGAGAAAAAUAUCAAUACAAUCCUUUCAUUUUUCAGUAUGUAGGCCUUAUGGGGGAAAAAUUUGGACACCCCUGACCUAACUUAUCUGCGCGCUUUUCAUUGAAAUGCGAGAGCAGAAAAACACUCAAUGCUUUGGUUCCUCUUAUGUUCAUCCCUUAAUUUACGCAAAAAAGCCCCCUCCUGCUGUGUGUGCAUUUUGUAUAGUCCAGCCAUUUUUUCAUAUUCUAAUUGAGACACUUAUUGAUGUUCUUGUGGUUCUAAUUAUUAUUAGUAUUGUUACCAUUUAGUUGGAUGUACAGUAAGCUAAUACAGAGUCUUUUACGGUAACGUGUCUCUUUUCAAUAAAGACCACAACGAUUCUU